AUGGUAAUAAGCCUCGGAAAAGAUGACCCCAGACGAGUUAUUCACUCCUUUAAGGUGGGAUUGGCACUAAUAUUGAUUUCUAUUUUGCAAUAUUUUCGUCCUUCAUUCUAUGCUUUUGGUGACAACAUAAUGUGGGCGGUUCUCACCGUGGUUCUUGUCUUAGAAUUUUCUGUGGGUGCAACACUUGGAAAAGGUUUAAACAGGGUGUUGGCAACGGGUUUAGCUGGUGCUUUCGGUGUUUCAAUCCGUAGAAUAGCUAGUUUUUCUGGGGAUAAAGGAAAGGCUGUAUUGACUUCAAUGUUUGUCUUUUUCAUAGCUGGAACAGUGACAUUUAUGAGAUUUUCACCGAGACUGAAGGCGAGUUACGAUUAUGGGUUGAUUAUAUUUAUAUUGACCUUCUGCUUAGUGUCUCUUUCGGAUAAUACUGAAAAUGAAUUAUUAGAAGUUGCCCAAGAGAGGUUAUUAACGAUAAUCAUUGGAAGUUGUAUAGCUAUUGUGGUAUCUAUUUGCAUAUGCCCCGUUUGGAUUGGCCAGGAUCUCCAUAAUCAAAUUGCUGGCAAUAUUCAAAAGCUCGCUGAUUUUUUGGAAGGCUUAAACAGCAAUCUUUUGGUAUUUGCAUACGGGCCACUAUAA